UCUCACGAUAUCUCACCUUGCUGGAACCCCCUCAGCCCACCCAGCCCUGUCUACUCCAACACCCUGGGCAACGAGCUUCGACAAACUUCCACUACAACCUCUUCUGGCCUGUACAGGGGAAAAAACAUGUCACAAUUUGUGAAGGAUGAAGAGCUCUGUCAGCAGUACGCCCAGUUCGCAUCGCACAUGGUGGGGUGGCAGUUCAAAAUCAUCUACUGGACCAUGUUCAUGUCGAACCUAUUCGUUCUCUUCUUAGCCUCAUGGACUUUCACAAAGGGCCAGGAAGCAGCCGAGCGACUCAGUGACGAUCUCAAGAAAAGGGCCAAGCGAUUACGGUUCUAUAUAUUCCUCUGUUUGGGUUGCGUUGCCGUUUCGGCUGUCAUUGUCGUCAUGGAGGCCUAUGCACUGCUUGCACUGCAAUUCUGCGAUGGGGAGGACUUGAUGUCCUUGUACUGGUCUACGUGGACAAUGAUCCAAGUGGGAUCGUUGAUCGCCAUGGUGGGAAUCAUCCUCGCCAUGUGCCACUCGUUGAAGCAAAGCCGGCAUCCCCCGUGGGCUCUUGCCCUUGGGACACCUGUCCUGGUCAUCGCUGGCUUUCUGCAUCUCUUCCACGCGUGCGGGAGAAAGGGCGUCAAGAAGAUGAAGGCUUCCUUCGCAGCACGCGGCGACGACGACGGCAACCCCAUGGGGGCCCCCAUGAGUCAAGCCAACACGAUUCAGGCACCAGAGGGCACAGAGGACGAAACGAUCGAGGGCGAGUUUAUCGGCUUCACCAUUGACGGCGGUCCCAUUGUCCGCUUCACCAACCGCUUCAUCAACUGCCAAUUCCCCAGCAACAUGGAGCUCCUUGGCCAUUGCAACGAUGACCGACCCAUCGUCGCGUACCGGAAGGACUCCAUCCGGUUCAUCUCUGAUUCCAACAAGAAGGCCGUCUGCCCCGACAGACGCAACGACGAGCAGGAGGAGAAAGUGCACGAGAGCGUCUGAGGAGAGGGACAUCCCGUCCAUGGGGGGGUUGCAGCGUUCAUAUACAUUCGGCGUUUGGGUCUUGGUAUACCACGGGUUUCGAGGAUUUCUUUUUACAGCAUCAGAUGCAUGGAUGGGACUGGUCAUUUUGAACUUUUUGUCGCGCGGGAGGCUUGG